ACAUCCUGCGUCAGUGUAACGCAGCUCCUUCACUUACUCUCGUGUUACUACAAUGAUUAUAAGACGCGUAGCUUUUGUUGUGAUAGUUUAACACGCAGGAUUUCACACGUGGGUAAAACACACGCGUCGUUUUGCACCUGUGGCUUUCACGUGACGUCAGGUAAAAAUGUUCAGGAGCAACUAUCAGGGUGGAGCCGUGGUGGAGGUGUUCAGCGGACAGGGUAAGGACCCCGUGGCCAAAUGGAAACUAAGCGGGGGGUCGUCGGCCAUACGGAAGGAGUAUAAUAAAGAAGUCAAAGGAUUUGUUUACUGUCUGGAGGGAAGCAGCCAGACCGUCAAGAUGCAAAUGCCAGAGAAUGGGAAAACGUCUCUUGGGCUCCUCCAGAGAUUCUUGGUCCUUCAAGUGAAUAUUCCUCAGGGCAAAGAUUUUUCCGUUGAGAUAGUAAUAACUGAUUCAGAGCACAUGAAAGGAAGACUCCACUUAUCUACCGUGCAUAAAGAGUUGACUGCCACUCUUUUGCAUGCAAGGAUACCUUUUGUUGGAUUGAAGCGGGAUAUUUGGUCUACUCUGUGCAUCGACCUUGUGUCAUUCACUGCUGAACUGUUCAAGGGAUUUUUGACACUGGAUGGCAUCACUUUGUUUGCUACCUGUAAAGUCCGCAGAAUCUUCACAAUGAAAACUGGGCCCGCAGGAAUGUCAGAUGAAGUUAUGUUUCUUAGUGGAACUGGUCUCAUGGACUCGAUUCCACGCAGCUGCCAGUUCCCACCAGAUGUAAACCACGUGACCCAGAUGCUGAACAUGAAGAACAUGCAGAAGUCAGAUAUGGGGACUGUUCUUGGAAACUCUGAAUGUGGUUCUGAUCAGACAGGCACUGCGAGAUCAACCAGUCAUCAACCAACCAGGCCCCAGGGUGUUUUACGCACAGCCUCGGGCUCCAGGCCUUCAGCACGGCUGCCUAAAACUGGGAAGAAAAGCAGCGCAGCCCCGGGCGGAAUGAAUAGAAGUGAAGUCUUUAUCUCCAAUACGGCAUCCCCGUCCGGUGGAAUAAACCAAAAGGUUUUUACAGAAGGUCAGAGCAUUGCCAGCCUGAGCGACAACUUAUCACACGGAGAACCUAACCCCACUCUGCACGAGGCACAUUCAGAUGCUGUGCCUGGUUGCCACAGAAAUAAGAGUAGAACCAGGGAGAAGCACACUCCCUCAUCCACUGGGCAAGAGAGCAGACAGCGACCUCUGACCGGAACAGAUAAAACAGAGCACGGAACGGCAGAGUGCGAGUUUAACGUCAGUCCUGCGAAAGAAAGUUUCAGAUCUGCACCCACACCGGCAGAGCCCGUCUCCGGCUGGACCCGGCCAGAUUUGUCUUCUGACCUGCAGGUCGGGAGCAGCCGGGAGAGUAAUGAAGGGUCUGAGCCCCAGCUCACUCUGCAAGAGGAGGUGUUCAUUUUCUCAUCACAGCCUCACUCACCCAAACGGGGGCAAGGCCAGGGUGACCAGGAGAAGGUGGAGGUGGGAGAUGACCAGGAACAGAGCCAGAGUGGGAGGCGGCAUGAGGCCCAGCCUGAAGAUGACUUCAUUGGCAGUGAAAGUGAUGAGGAUAAGAGCAACACCCCGAUGCAGCAGCAACAGACUAGUGAGUCUAAUCCUGCUACUCCCAGAACUCCAGAUCCAACCUUGAAUAUGCAACUAAAAGCCCGUCCUAAAUCGCCUAACAUGGACCACACAUUUCCAGAAGUGCUUCGUCCAGCUACCAGCGAUAUUCAUAUUCAGUCUCCAUCUAAUGGGGGAGCUGAGCCAGCUGCAAUGUCCCCCACACGCCGCCUCUCACCCAGUGUGACAACCAGCCGACAGGAACACAAGUGUGGCCCUCGUGCAUCAGAGGGAGUGAACCAGCUGCAGAAUGGAAACAACAGAGUAACAAUUUCCAGGAGUUUCCUGCAAGAAGUCAAAAUGGAUGACUCCCCACUGGACAAGGAAGAAGACAAGACGAGCCACGAGCCUGUUGAUUCCAGUCAUUACAGGUUUCACCUGUUUGGCAGUCCGAGGAUGCAUGGGGAUGAUGAUGAUGAUGAUGAUGAGGAGCUCCGAAUGUUGGCGAGCCUAAAAAGGGAGCAGGAGGAAGAUGAGUGUAGAGCCUCGGGCCCCAGUGCAUCUCAGAUCCACCAGUGUAAUGUCAGCAUCAGUAUGAGCAGUGACGACGCUUCCACUUGGACCCACAUCACCAUGCCGGCUAAUCAAGGUCACCACUAUCAGAAUGAAAUGAACCCCCCACUACACUCAGACCCCAGGGAGUGGAUGGACGUGCUCAGCCCUCCCAUUAUGCCUCCCAGCCAGCCGAGAAGGUCAGGGAACACAUGGAACAAUUGGGAGAAUCUCGUCGGAGGUGCAGUAACUCCUUUCGCCUUCCAGACUCCCGUGAAGUCCGGGAGAUGGCAAACAAUUCACUGCUUUAACAUUAACCACAGUGGCGAUGAAGAGGAGCUUGAGGACGAGUAUUUGAAUCUGCACUAUGAUUCUUGCCUGAACUGCUACUUUGAUCCAAAGACGGGGAAGUACUACGAGCUCGCUUAAAUAAAAGCUCAAGAGAAUUCUAAUUAAUCAUUCAUGUGACUAUGGAUGAAUGAGUGAAUGAAUUCAGGGUUUUUUAAGGCUUACUAAGCAGAAAUGAACACCCCAUUCACACAAACACCCGUUGGUAUUCUUUUAUUUUUUUUUAUACUUUGGAAACUAACAAGAACUUAGUGUCUAUAAAUAGUCAUGUUAGUGAGUCAAAGAGCGGGACUCAAUUAGCCACAUACAAUCUUUUUUGCAGGAAGUGGAAGUGUCGCUCAUUCACCAGCACGUGACGAUAAAAAGAGGCUUUUUCAAAAGUCUCGGCGAUCAAAUUAAUACGUCGGCCUUCUGAAAGAACUUCCUCUUUUCAUUUAGAAUAUUUCUGACAUCUAAAUUUAGCUCUGGGUAACUUUCAAAAGCAGGGGGUCUUGGUCUUCAUCAUCGUUUCAUAAUUGAAAGUUAAAAAUGUAUUAAUGUGUGUGUUUAUAUCGUUUUAAUUAAAUUUUAAAUUGAAAAGGCGGUGCUUGUGAUUUCUUGCGUUUACCUCGAUUUUAAUUAACUGCAGCAGUUGGACGGAGCUGCACUCGCCUGUAUUUAGUGGCUCAAAAGGCGAAAAGGAUAAAAAAAAAAGAUGAUUGAUUAUUUUCAUGCAUUUGAAAUGUUGAAUAUUCCUCUUUUUUUUCCUACGACUAUUGUGUUGUAAUGAUUGUUUUCACGGAUGGACCUGUAUCUAUGUGUGCUUUUUUUAUUAUUUUGUAAUGGCCUGUAAAUGUAACCAGCAAUAACAACAGACGGAGAGCUCGUGGGACUGGCAGGUCUUUUCAUCAGUCUUGCCAAAACACUGAUCACACCUGAUGAGCCGCUGAGACGAGACCGAUUCAUCAUUUACAGCCUGAGAUGAAAUGAAAGGAAACAAGUGGAACAAAAGAAGAGAAAUAACAACAUUUAUUUAUCUCGUCGUGAUUCACGGUUGUUUUUGUCAAACUUUACCUCAACCAGAUCUGUUACCGACUAUUCAUUAGGCCCAGCAAGUAUAAAUGGCUCAGGUCAGAGAGGGCGAUUUUGCAAAAUUAAAAAUUUAAAAGUGACAGUGUGUGCACGAUUUUAUUUUUCCACUUGUCAAAGACGUCUUUACUAUUUGAGCAAACUAAGUUGAUGAGGCACUGAAUGUGGUUUUCUACAAACUCAAUAUUCACUCCCACGAGGCAUGUAUUCCAAUUACUGUGAAA